GGCCUUAUCAAAUGAAGAAUAUACGAAAACGGAACGACCAAAGUUGCAUAAAAGAAGACUAUCAUCAUAUGAUAGGAAUGAUUAUAAAAGAGAAAUGUAUCAUAGAACUUAUCGCCAUUCAGAAUCAUCCAUUAAGCCGGACGAUAAAGACACUACUUCUACCACCAUUACCAAUACCGCUACUAUUCUUUCCAAUAUUAUCACAUUAGAUAAUAAUGUUGGAUUUUCUAGCCAACUUUCUCCUAUUGAAGGUGGUGUUGUUUAUAAUGUUAAUAUACAUGAAACUAGCGGAAAAGAAAUUACCGACAAGUUCUUAUCCAAAGAUUGGAAUACUCCCGUUGCUGCUAAAGGAGAUAAAGAAGAAUAA